CAAAAGCUACAUCGCUCCUUCAGCCUGGUCCACUUCGCGAUCUACCUGCUGCGGAGUCUGAGCGAGAUGCAGGAAUGGGAGGGUGGUGGCAGUCUUUUCUUCCCGAGACGCACCUAUUGUCCAAUCACAGUGCGCCAGUUUGGGACUCGAGCCAACACCUUCGUGUCGUAUUGUUCACUACCGAUCAAUAUGUACAACGAGAAGCUCUACGUCUUCUUGUGGAUCUGGAUCUGCUUUGUGCUGGCCGUCACCAUCUUCAGUCUGCUCACUUGGCUGCUCAGUCUUCUCACCCGCGGCACUAACCGACACUUUGUGCGUCGCCUCCUCUUCUGGUCCCACUAUCCGUUGACAGCAUUGGCCAAUAGCAAGUCGGCUGAACUGCACGCUCUGCAACAGCAUCAACAUUCCGAGAGCCUGCGCAAAUUCGUCGAAGAGACCGUUCGUCCCGACGGCGUUUUCCUGCUUCGAAUGAUCAAACUGAACUCCGGCGCCGUCCUCGCCAGCGACAUUGCAGCCGCGAUGUGGCGUCAUUUCGUCGAGGCUGAUACUCUGCGUGUCGGUCAGCCCGUCUGUCUGGAGAUGAGUCGACGGCAGAUGCACUCUACACCCGGCAACCAACAGUUAGGACAAACUGGCGAAGAUCACGGCCACGGCAACAGCAACAGCAACAGCAACAGCAACGUCAGCGGGGGGGGCAGAGGUCAUAGAUCGGCAGAACCUAACGAUAUGCUGAAAGGUCCGUCGGCCGAGAGUGUCGAGACGCUGAAGGAGACGCGAAAACAUCUGCCCAGCAACAAGCGGAACGGAGACAGCGGCGACAUGAUUGCUAUGGCGCCGCCCGACUACUCGGACACCGCCAACAUGAUGCAGCCGCGGUUGCUGCCGUCUGCCCCUGUCAACCUCGGUCAUCCACUUCCGUCGGAAGCGGCCAAAGAAGGGUUCUACAAGAAAGUGCAAUCACUAAAUUCGUUGGUCUAG